AUGCCAGCUUGUCGUAUUAUGGUAAAGACUAUGUUAGGAGUCGAAGCAGAAAAAGAAAUAAUUAAAAUACCAUUAUCUGAUAGUACAAUUAGUCGUAAGAUUAUAAAUAUAUCAAAGGAUAUUGAGGAGCAGGUUAUCGAAGUUAUAAAAAGUGGAGAAUUAUUUGCCUUGGAAGUUGAUGAAUUAACAGACAUAAAUGGGGCGCCAUCAAUGACAGGCUCUAUUAAAGGAUUUAUUACAAUUGCCAAAAAUCAAAAUCCAAAUAUAAACACAACACACUGUUUUUUACACAGGGAGGCAUUAGUAGCAAAAAGCAUUGUUAAUGAAUUAAAGAUUGUACUUGAUCAAGUCGUAAAAAUGGCAAAUUUUAUUAAAAGUAGACCUCAAAAAAUUCAAUUAUUUUCCCAGUUAUGUGAAUCAAUGGAAUCUGAUCACUAUACAUUGAUUAUUCAUACAAAAGUACGUUGGUUAUCAAAAGGGCAAGUUUUAUCACGUUUUUAUGAACUUAGAGAAGAACUUUUAGUAUAUUUUACAAUGGAACAAAUGGAAUAUUCCGAUUAUUUAUCCGAUGAAUUUUGGUGUUCAAAAUUAGCAUAUUUAGCUGAUAUUUUUGAACACCUGAAUCAAUUAAAUUUAAGCAUGCAAGGUGAAAAUCAAUAUUUAUUAAUAUCUACAGACAAAAUGGCAAAUUAUUGA